ACGAUCCUAAAUCGGAUCUCAAAAGUUCCGUUUUGUACCUAAAAAAGAAGGAUUUUAGUCUGAUUUUUAGUGUCGUGUUUGAAUUGUCCAGCAAAAAUAUUUAAGGCUACCUCUGAGGCAGAAACUUUCGUCAAAUUGUUGAUUUUGAGAAAAGUGCAUAAAAAUGUAGCCCCAAGUGUCCUCUUUCAAAUGCAUUAAUUUUUAUUCGGCAAAAAAAAACAUAUUAUUUCACGAAGUUUUCUGGAAGUUCUAAGGAUAGCAUAUAUUAUACAUGCUUUAUAGGUUGAAAAAUGAUGUUGAGGAAAAAUGUUCCUAUAAACAUACGUAUAUACGGUACAUGCGUGAGCAUAUGCAUGCACAUCUUCAUGAUCGAAAACCUGUUGAAAACUUCACUAUUGUUUUUAGUAAACAAAGACAUGAAAAGAGAAUGAGUGUUUAGUAGGAAAAAAAAAGAUGUUUGCAUUUUCCUUCAAACUACUUUUUAGUUGGGCGAAAUCCACUGUCCGGUAGACUUUGCGGUAAUGAAAAGAUCAAAAUGAGCUCACCUUUUUAAAUUUGAAGCUAAGACGUAACUUAAUCUGAUAUUUUAAAAUCAACCUAAGCUCUCUAAGGAGAAAUCUGCUGGACAGUCGACGCCGGUUUUUAGGUACAAAACGGAACUUUUGAGAUCCGAUUUAGGAUCGUAAAAAUCGUUUACUGGAAAGAGCAACAUGUUGUAGAAUUUGAAUUUUUCGAUUUCUGUUUAUGCUGGACAAUCGACGCCCAUUUUGACUCUUAGCCGAGCGGCUUCUAUUGAACAAAAGUAAAUAGAGCCUUUGUUAGAAGUUUUAUCACAUUUUAUUUUAGCAACGUGUCGCACAAGCUUUUUGUGGCUUCUAGUAUUCGUAAUUCUACGAAAACAUAGCAAAUACUCAUUUUAAGAAAAGCAUAUGGCUAGUAUCCACACAAAAUUCUCUAUCUUUCAGCAUUUAUAACGAUGUUUUCUCGUCAUGUGUAACUAACUUGAAAAAAAUCAUUGCAAAAACCGAUAAUUUAACCUCCCCUACCAAUUAUUACAUCUACUAAUAGCUACUUUCCUUUAGGUAUUCGAUAAAUAUGGUAUGUUUAUUCGUGUAUUACGACCAAAACUCGAUCCACUAUACGGUCCUCAAGGUCUUAGUUUUCAUUCAUGUUCACAAACACUGGCUAUAGCUGAUUCUGGUAGCCAUUCGGCCAAAUUAUUUUCGGUGAGAGAGUUAUUGACGUCAUCGACGCAGUAA